AUGAAAAAUCCUCUAAGUAAAGAGUACUGGACUGAAGUCGUUGACGGCUUUAGACCAGCUGAGACUGGAAACGGAACAAGGAACAAUAACGACAGUAGUAGCGAAAUGGAACUAACUACAGAACCUACCACAUCCGAUAUACCUGUUGGUGAGGGUAGCGCAUUUUCCCAGACUGAAAAGAAACUUUCUGCAACAACAACAUCGCAUCUACUGCAAGGUGACUCGAAGGAUGGUCUACGCUUAACACAAACUACUAACGAUAUAACGUCUACUACAUCCCAAGAAAAACUGCAAGAUGUUGCAAUGAACAAAGAUUUAGACGUCCGUCACUUGAUUACACUAGCUGUUGGUGGUGCGAUUGGUACGGGUUUAUUCGUUAACUCGGGUGCCUCAUUGACUACCGGUGGUCCAGCCUCAUUAGUUAUUGGGUGGAUUAUUGUCUCUACAUGUCUUUUCACUGUUAUCAAUGCCCUUGGUGAACUUGCUGCUGCAUUUCCUAUUGUUGGUGGUUUCAAUGUGUACAUCACAAGGUUUGUUGAUCCUGCACUAGGGUUUUCUAUCAAUAUCAAUUAUCUAGCUCAAUGGUUAGUUCUGUUACCAUUAGAACUUGUUGCCGCUUCAAUUACUAUCAGAUAUUGGAAUGAAGAAAUUAAUUCUGAUGCGUGGGUUGCAAUCUUUUACACUGUUAUUGGUUUAGCCAACAUGUUAGAUGUGAAAUCUUUUGGCGAAACUGAAUUUGUAUUGUCUAUGGUGAAGAUUCUUGCCAUUAUCGGGUUUACCAUCCUUGGGAUUGUAUUGACUUGCGGUGGUGGUCCAAAAGGUGGUUUUCUAGGUGGUAAAUACUGGCACAACCCAGGGGCCUUUGUAGGAAGCACGUCUGGCUCAAAGUUCAAAGGUUUAUGUUCAGUAUUUGUUACUGCUGCGUUUUCUUAUUCUGGUAUUGAAAUGACAGCUGUAUCUGCUGCAGAAUCUAAAAACCCAAGAGAAACAAUUCCAAAAGCUGCAAAAAGAACUUUUUGGUUGAUCACUGCAUCUUAUGUGACUAUUUUAACACUUGUUGGUUGCUUGGUUCCAUAUAAUGAUCCAAGAUUAUUGAAAGGUACUUCUUCUGUUGAUGCUGCCUCAUCACCUUUAGUCAUUGCAAUCGAGAAUGGUGGUAUCAAGGGUCUACCAUCCUUAAUGAAUGCCAUUAUUUUAAUUGCUAUUAUCUCAGUCGCAAACAGUUCCGUCUAUGCUUGCUCCAGAUGUAUGGUAGCUAUGUCACACAUUGGCAACAUUCCUAAAAUGUUCAGUCGUGUUGAUAGAAAGGGUAGACCAUUGAAUGCAAUUUUAGCAACUUUAUUUUUCGGUUUAUUAUCCUUUAUUGCUGCUAGUGACAAACAGGAAGAAGUUUUCACAUGGUUAAGUGCUUUGUCAGGUCUAUCUACGAUUUUCUGUUGGAUGGCAAUUAACUUAUCCCAUAUUAGAUUUAGACAAGCCAUGGUUGCGCAAAAUAUAUCCUUAGAUGAACUUCCUUUCAUUUCACAAACCGGUGUAUGGGGUUCAUGGUAUGGUUUUAUAGUUCUUUUCCUUGUCUUGAUAGCAUCAUUUUGGACUUCUUUGUUCCCUGUUGGUGGUUCUGGAGCAGAUGCCGAAUCGUUCUUUGAAGGUUACUUAUCAUUUCCUAUCUUAUUAGCUUGUUACUUCGGUCACAAACUGUGGUUCAAAAGAAAACAACUCAUGGUAAACCUUGAUGAGAUGGAUUUAGUCUCAAACAGAAGACCGGUCGAUCUUGAAUUGCGUCGUCGUGAAAUGGCGCUAGAGAAGGAAGCAUUAGCUAAACGUUCCAUUUGGUUUAAAUUCGUCCAUAUCUGGUGUUAA